CAUAAAUUAAAUCGUUAUGGCGUUGAAAUUGUGUUUGAUAUUUCAAAAAUUUGUUUCUUGUAAGUCCUCGAUAUAUGGAUCUCAUUUGGCGCUUUCACCACAAACCGGCUCAUUGCAAGUCCAGAAACCAAACAGACAACACCACUGCAAAAUGGGCGAUAAUGUGGACCUGGAAAAGUGCUUUGAAGUGGUCAGCAAUCUGGUAUCCGAGGCUGGAAGGCUAAUCGCACGCAACAAUGAGACCCGCCAGGAGUUUGUGACCAAGAGCAACGACAUUGAUCUGGUGACCCAGACGGACAAGGAUGUGGAGCAGCUGCUGAUGGACGGCAUUCGCCGGCACUUUCCGGAUCACAAGUUCAUCGGCGAGGAGGAGAGCAGCGGCGAGGGUGGCGUCAAAAAGCUGACCAAUGACCCCACCUGGAUCAUCGAUCCCGUGGACGGCACCAUGAACUUUGUGCACGCCUUUCCCCACUCCUGCAUCUCGGUGGGCCUGAAGGUGAACAAGGUCACGGAGCUGGGCCUGGUCUAUAACCCCAUCUUGGAGCAGCGCUUCACCGCGAGACGGGGACAUGGAGCCUUCUACAACGGCCGGAGGAUCCACGUGAGUGGCCAGCAGGAACUGGGCAAGGCCCUGGUCACCAGUGAGUUUGGAACCACCCGCGACGAGGAAAAGAUGAAGGUCGUCAACGAGAACUUCGAAAAGAUGGCCAAAAAGGUGCACGGUUUACGCGUUCUGGGUUCGGCAGCCCUAAACAUGUCCAUGGUUGCUCUGGGAGCCGCCGAUGCCAACUAUGAAUUCGGCAUUCAUGCCUGGGAUGUUUGUGCCGGGGAUUUGAUUGUUCGUGAGGCCGGAGGAGUGGUCAUCGAUCCUGCAGGCGGGGAGUUUGACAUUAUGUCGCGAAGGGUCCUGGCAGCAGCCACGCCACAAUUGGCCCAAGAAAUCUCCAAGGUGCUAACGCAGUUCAAUCCGCUGCCUCGCGAUGAUUGAGCUUAAAAGAUACUUAAAUAAUGGCUUUUGAUGUACCUAUAUUGACUUAAACAAUGGAACUAAGUAACUCCAUUCCAAACUAACCAAAAGAACGCAUUUUAACUAUACCGACCGUGUACCUAACAAAUGAAAACCAAAUAUAUCGUUUUAUGUAAACAAA